CCCGCAAAUUAUAAGCGCGAAGUUUAAUAAAGCGUUAAGGCGACUUUUAUAAGAAAAGCAAGCAAAAGAACCGAGUGAAAUAAUCUCCAUCGAGCCAGCGUAGGAGACGAAAACGUUUCUUCCCAGCGCGCCGAAGAAAAUUGGAAAUUUACGAAAUUACAGAAGACAAGGAUUCCGUUGUCGGUACGUGCGCAAUCCAGCUGGAGAGUACCAAACUGAGAUCGAGAUAAACCAGCCUGCCUGUGAUUGGUCCAGCUCAAAAGCGAACAGCAACCUGCAGUGGGCGGUCUGAAUUCAUUCGACUUCCACAUCGAUCGUGCGACAAAGUGACCUCCAAGUCCUGGUGCACUUAUGAACUCGAGGUAUUUGUAGACAAUAAUUCGUUGUAGUUCGCCUCGUUGUAGAUUUAUUAUUUCGUCGUAGUUUGCCUCGUUGUCUAUUCAUUAUUUCGUUGUAGUAUUUUUAUUAUUACGCUAUUAUAAAUUGGUAUGUUUGUAAAGACGAUUUAAAUUACCUACUAGUGUUGCGUUCAAUUCAGUGCUUAUCAGCACUAUUUGCAUUCAGUUAAACGACUCGAACCUGAAAGUGUUAUUAUACGCAUUUACAGCAGUUUUGUUUGGACUUUCGACUAAAAUUGAAUAAGAAUUUAUGAAACACGAAUUAAGUUUCUUUCUGUACUCGGCGGUUUUGAGAGUAAAUACUUUGAUUUAAUUCACAUAAUAAAUACAUAUUUUCCUUUAUAUGCAGUGACUUUUCAUGUAUGAAUGAGUUAACUUUAUUUUCACAGGAGUGUACCCCGCCUCAACCCCAUUUCUUUUAAUAUGUGUUACUUACAGAUAAAAGGCGAUUUCUAAGAUAAAAAGAACCCAACAGGUUUUAAUAAAGAUUAUUGAUUUUUAUUCAUUUAUCCUUUCCUCUUCCUUGAGGCCAGAAGAAUUAUCGACUGAAGCUAGCCGGCGCCCAACAACCCUUAAUGUUUAUAAGAAGAACCACCCCCAAAUAGAGGAUUUUAAGAAGAGACGGUGAAGAGAGUUGGAAAGUAACCAGCCGGUUACAAGUGACGCAAGAACGUGGGGCUCGAAUUAGCAACCUGCAAGAUUCUCAAGCUCUAGAAGAAGGCAAAUUUAUUAUUCUCCAGUGGCGUAACACAAAGACAAGAGGAGUCUAUUAUUUUAUGGAACUGAGGUCAGGGUUCAAGAAACCAACGAGAGAUUUACCCACGACCAAAGCAGACGACAACAACAUGAGCAAAGACGGGAUCGAAGAGUUUGAAUUCAGCCCAGAGGGUCAAGACGUUUUGGAGGCUGUGGAUACACCCACCCCAAAUAUUGACAUGACGAUGCUGUCACAGAUCAUGCAGACAUUACAGACAAUACAAACGGGUCAGGGAACGCUACGACAAGAAGUCAAGACUGGUCAAGGAGAAGCCAAAAUGAGCCAAGAAGCAUUACGACAAGAAGUCAAGAAGGGCCAGGAAGCAAUAGAAAAGAAAAUUGAAGACAAAGUCGAACAAAUAGAAAGAAGACUCAAUAAAAAACAAGAAGAGGCCAUGACAAGGUGCAACGAGGAGAUAAGAAGACAAAGGGAAGAUUCAAGACAGCACAUCCAGGUGCAAGAGACCCGGGUACGAAAAUUAGAAGAUGAUACCGAUUCGAUUCGUCGUCAAACCGCCCAUGCGAUCAACAGCAUCGACGGGAAAUUAAUCCAGAAUACAGAAAAUAUUAAGGGAUGUGAACGAAGAAUCACCCAUACCGAAGAGGCGAUUAGUAGGAUGGAAGAGAAAAUAACCGGAGAAGGUUUAGGCAGUUCUUCAGUCAAAAGGACGACAAUUAUCAAUCGCGCUGAAGCUCUUCUGGGACAGAAGCCGCGAAAAUUCGACGGCAACAUUAGGAAUGUUCAUCCGGUAAAUUUUAUCAAGUCUAUGGAGAGCUAUUGGAUAAACUUGAACCUCGCCGAUGAGAACAAACUGAUUCUAGCCAACGACUACCUGGAGGGAAAUGCAAAAGCGUGGGCAGACCUUUACGGAGCCAAUUGAAAGAGUUUUGCGGAAUUCAAGACCGCCUUAAUAGAACAAUUCUGGUCCAGGGAAACCCAGAACAAGAUUAAGCUGCGAUUUAACACUCCGAAGAUGUAUCAGGCAAGAAAUGGGACUUACGUCGAACACGUUUGGUACUGGGUGGCCAAAACGACGCAUAUGGAGCCUAAAAUAGAGGAAAGUCAAAUGAUCGACACAUUUGUGAGUCAUUUCCCACGAGAAACCCAAAUGAUUCUGUAUGCCGCUCAACCUAAAACCAUCAAAGCACUGAUUGAGUUGCUAGAAAGGGUCCAAGAUCCAAAUGAAGGUAGAAGGCAAUAUGGGAACAACAGCAAUAAUAACAGAAGGGAUAACGACAGGUCUGAUCAUCGUCAGCAAGAGCAGCGUAGGAAUGUCGGCUUCAUGCGAGGACGUGGAACAUAUGGACCAUCACGCCGAGGUGGUUAUGACAGGAGAGAAGAAGAAUCUAGUCGACAACCUAAUUACUCAUGGAGGGGGUCGAGUCCAUCAAGACAGAACCAGGAAAACUAAGAUCGACGGGACGGGAAGCUCCGCGCGCCCCGCGACCAAUACUUACUGAGGAGCAAAUGCAAGCUGUAAAUUUAGUACGUUCAUUUUACCAAGUUAACGCAACAAAACCAACUAAUGUCAAGAUAGAAGAAAUACCACUUCAACCGGAAGAAAUCACAGAAAGCGAGACGAGUGAUGAAGAAUCUCCGGAAGAAGAAGCUGAACAAGACACCCCGUACUACCCGUAUGUUCUAGAGAAGUUGGAGGGGGUAGUUCAAGAAAUUUUGAUAGAUACAGGAAGCCAAGUCAGCGUAGUGUCUGAAAAUAUUUAUGAAUCGUUGCGUGACGAAAACCCUCGUAUCAUAGAACUUCCAGCGCAAGGGAUAACCAUUCAAGGGGUAACAGGCAAAAUAGCCAAAGUUAAGCAUCAAGCUCUGAUAAGAGUAGAAAUGGGAGAAAGCGUUCAUGACUGCAAGUUCCUAAUUGUGAAGAGGAUGGAACCGAUGGUGAUUAUCGGGAUGGAUUGGAUGACACAAAGGAAAGCGCUAUUAGACAUUAGCCGAAAGGAGAUGAAGUUUGUGGUAGAAGACGCCGAUUAUUACGUUAAGUUUAUGGAUCAAGAUAAUUCGCACAACAUGUCAGCCAAACUUGAACUUAUAAAUCUGGAAAGCAAAACGAGCGAAGAAAAAGAAAUGAUAGACGGACUCCUAGAUCAAUAUGAAGACAUCUUCUCCGACAAGCCGGGGUUAGUCAAGAACUUCGUCUGCGAACUCCGAAUAAAAAACGACAUUCCAUUCUUUAGGAAAAGUUACCCUAUCCCCUUUUCGAGUAGGGAAGCCGUCGAUGUAGAAAUAAACAGAAUGUUGGAAAACGGAAUAAUAGAAAGGUCGGAGUCACCGUAUGUUAACCCAACAGUGGUUGUGCCAAAGAGCAAUGGAGCCGUGAGAAUAUGUCUCGACGCGCGACAAAUAAAUCGCCUAAUUGAAGAGGAUCGGAAUUCUCCACCGAAUUUAGACGAAAUUUUGGAAAGAUUCGAUA